AGAAACCAGCUCCUGCAGAGCAUAGAUAGAUUUCUCUUCCUGCAAGUCCCACCUGCUGUGCUCCGUAGCUUUAGGAUUCUUUUUGAAGUCGAUCCUAUAAGACAAUGUCAACUGGAAGGGUACGGACCAAAAAAAAGUCAUGCUCUUUGGACCAGUCUCCAGACAACCUUCCUUUGCGGAGUUCUGGGAGACAGGUGAAGAAGAAGGCGGCUGAAGCAGCAGAGGAUGAUGAUGAGGCAUCAGAGAAGAAAUAUAGAAAAUGUGAAAAAGCUGGAUGCACUGCAACUUGUCCUGUUUGCUUUGCAAGUGCUGCUGAAAGGUGUGCUAAAAAUGGCUACACAUCUAGAUGGUAUCAUCUCUCAUGUGGGGAACAUUUCUGCAAUGAGUGUUUUGAUCACUAUUAUCGAAGUCAUAAAGAUGGCUAUGAGAAAUACACUGCUUGGAAAAGGAUUUGGACCAGUAAUGGUAAAAGCGAGCCCAGUCCUAAAGCUUUCAUGGCUGAUCAACAGCUUCCUUACUGGGUGCAGUGCACAAAACCAGAGUGUGGGAAAUGGCGUCAGCUGACAAAGGAAAUCCAGCUUACCUCACAAAUUGCAAAAACAUACCGAUGUGGUAUGAAACUGAACAAUUCUGCUAAGAUUGAGGGCUCAGACCAGUGUUCCAUGCCUGAAGAUCUGAGAGUUGCUGAAGUUUCAGACCUUUGGUGGUACUCCAUGCUCAUCCUCCCUCCUUUGCUCAAAGACAGUGUGGCAGCUCCUCUUCUGUCUGCUUACUAUCCAGACUGCGUAGGGAUGAGUCCCUCCUGCACCAGCACUAACCGAUUACUUGGUGAAUCUAAUGCUGUGAAGUUAGAGCAUAUAAAGAGUGCACCUAGUGUGGCUGGGAUGAACAAAUACUUCCAGCCUUUCUAUCAGCCCAAUGAAUGUGGUAAAGCACUCUGUGUGAGACCAGAUGUCAUGGAAUUAGAUGAGCUCUAUGAGUUCCCAGAAUAUUCACGAGAUCCGACUAUGUACCUAGCUUUGAGAAACCUCAUCCUGUCUUUGUGGUACACAAAUUGCAAAGAAGUUCUCACCCCUCACAAGUGUACACAUUGCAUCAUUGUGCGGGGGCUUGUACGUAUUCGCUGUGUACAAGAGAUGGAGAGGAUACUUUAUUUUAUGUCAAGAAAAGGGCUGAUUAAUACAGGGAUUUUGUCAGUCGGUCCUGAUCAAUAUCUUCUUCCCAAAGAUUACCACAAUAAAUCUGUCAUCAUUGUUGGUGCUGGGCCAGCAGGAUUAGCAGCUGCAAGACAACUGCACAACUUUGGAAUUAAGGUCAUUGUGCUAGAAGCGAAAGACAGGAUUGGUGGGCGCGUGUGGGACGAUAAGACUUUCAAAGGAGUCACUGUAGGAAAAGGAGCACAGAUUGUCAACGGCUGCGUCAACAACCCAAUAGCACUAAUGUGUGAGCAACUUGGCAUUAAAAUGCACAAACUAGGAGAGAGAUGUGAUUUGAUCCAAGAAGGUGGAAGGAUAACUGACCCCACUAUCGAUAAGCGCAUGGACUUUCAUUUCAAUGCCAUCUUGGAUGUUGUCUCAGAAUGGAGAAAAGAUAAGACCCAACAUCAAGAUGUCCCUCUUGGAGAGAAGAUACAGGAGAUCUAUAAAGCUUUUAUUCAGGAGUCGGGUAUCCAGUUCAGUGAUCUGGAAGAAAAGGUGCUGCAAUUCCAUCUCAGUAACUUGGAGUAUGCCUGUGGCAGUGACCUCAAUCAGGUAUCUGCACGCUCAUGGGACCACAAUGAAUUUUUUGCCCAGUUUGCUGGAGAUCAUACCCUUUUAAUACCUGGCUAUUCUACUAUAAUAGAAAAACUGGCUGAAGGGAUUGACAUUCAUCUUAAGCUUCCGGUACACACUAUAGACUAUUCUGGGGAAGAAGUCCAAGUCACCACAGCAGAUGGAACUAUGUGGACAGCACAAAAGGUUUUGGUUACUGUGCCGCUGGCCCUUCUUCAGAAAAAUGCCAUUCAGUUUAAUCCACCAUUGUCAGAGAGAAAAAUGAAAGCCAUUAACAGUUUGGGAGCAGGAGUCAUUGAAAAGGUUGCCUUGCAGUUUCCUUACAGAUUUUGGGACAGCAAAAUUCAGGGAGCUGACUUUUUUGGUCACGUUCCACCUUGUUCCAGCAAACGGGGGCUCUUCAGUGUGUUCUAUGAUAUGGAUCCACAGGGUAAAUACAGUGUACUAAUGUCAGUAGUUACCGGAGAUGCUGUGACAACCAUUAAGAAUUUAGAUGACAAACAAGUACUACAACUGUGCAUGACUGUACUUCGAGAGCUGUUUAAGGAACAGGAAGUUCCAGACCCAGUAAAGUACUUUGUUACACGAUGGAGCAAAGACCCUUGGAGCCAGAUGGCAUAUAGUUUUGUAAAGACAAGUGGUAGUGGUGAGGCUUAUGAUGUUAUAGCUGAAGACAUACAAGGAACAAUUUUCUUUGCUGGCGAGGCCACAAACAGGCACUUCCCACAGACAGUUACAGGAGCCUACUUGAGUGGAGUUCGAGAAGCAAGCAAAAUAGCAGCAUUUUGAAUAUUGACAUUUGUGUCUAGAUAUAUUUUUAAAUUAUUUUUUGUGGGUAAAAAUUUCUUCAAAUUCCACUUUGCUAUAACUUCCUGACAUAUGGUAUCUGAAGAUAGAAUAUUCACUUUUUUCCUAAUGUCCUUUUCCCAACGAAAAUAUUAAUAACGUGUUAGUACUGACAUUGGUCUUGCUACUGUGGCACAUGCAGAUCUAACAAAGCCUGUUGUGAGAGACCUUUUUCUAUAUGGUCCAGCUCACAUUAUGGUAGUAAAUCACCUGCAUUCAAGUUCAGAACAAGAGCAAUUAAUUGCUAUAUGGUAUUAAAGCAUGGAGGAUUAUUUAAUGGUGGGGCUCCUAAAUUCAUUUUGUUCUCAGGUUGAUCAUGUUCAGAGUAGCACUUGAUAAUAAACAAUCCAAACCAUGGAAUGACAAUAAAGAUGCUUGUGAGAGAACACAAAAUCUCCCCACCCUAUUCCCCAAUAACUUCUGAUACUUUCAAGUGUACUUACUACCACUAGUCAGGCUUUUGCAUCUCAACUGGUGUCCUUUAAAAUAAAACUGCUGGAACAGUUUAUAGUGCAAUCUAAGGGUUAUUGAAGCUAAAAGAUUUAUAAAAGGAAAAAAGCUUUCAGGCUACAGGAAAAAGUCUCAAAUGUUCUCUGUGCUGCAUAUUCAAAGUUGUACGUAGAGGAAUGAUCAUUAUGGUAAGAAUAAGUUUAGGCUCUCAUCAUGUAAGUAGAAGAAGUAUUAUGGGUUAAGAUGCUUUUCCUCUGAAAAGUAAACUUUCAAAUUCAUUUGAGCUGAGUAGGUGAAUCACAUGUAUAAAUGAGAGCUUAACUGGGGAUAAAGGAGUAAGUUAUUAGUGGCUCAUUCAGCUUUUGCAUUUAAAAUAAGUGAAAAUGAAUGAGGUAAAAUCUGUGCUUUUUAUGAAGGGCUGAAAUAAGGUGGCUUGCACUUUUUUUAUUUGAAGGUAUUAUUAUUAAAAAUGACUUGGGAAUAAUUCAGGAAGGGAUAAGCAGAUUCCUAAAGUUUUUCCCUGAGGGAAAGACAGCAAGUAACACACAGCAAAAAUACCUGCCUUAACAUCCUACAGAACAGGGUAAAUGGAAACUUAAAUAAUUUUUUAAAAAAUAUAACUUUUUCCUACCUGUGAUGUUACUGCAGCGUUCCCGAGAGAUUCUGGAAGGAAAAUGAGCACUUAUUCUUCUUAGUCUCAAGCAUGCACUCUGUUUAGAAUGCUGAGUGAAUGACAAAGCAAGCCUUCUUGAGUUAGUGUUUAACUCCAAAAGGCUACCUUUAGAAAAGAAGCCUGCUGAAGAAAAGCAGUUUUUUACUCUCCAAUAUCUAAUUUGUUUUUUAGGGUAGAUGUUGAUGUUCAGAUAUGUUUAAUUUUAUUUAAUCUUUAAGAUACCAAGUUGAAGAUAUGUAAUUAGAUCUUUCAACUAAAUAUUCUGCUUUUAAAAAAAAUUGAAAUGAGGAUGUGACUGAAAAGUGUAAGCAUUUCUAACUUUUUGCUCUAAAGAAUGCUAAUAUUUACCGUUUGAAAGAUUUCAUAUAUACAAAAUUGCAACUGUCUUAAAGGUUAUAUAGAGAAAGGUUGAAAUCCUUUGCUAUACAAGAAAUGGUAAUCAAGGUUUAGAUUUUGCUUAUGGUAAAUCACUGCUGUUUUGAUAAUUCCAUCUUUUGUAGACUAAUUUUUAAUGGAUGUGAGAUUUCAAUGGGAAUUGAAGAGUGUCCAUGGUAGGUGAAAGCAAAAAGCAUUCCUUCCCUUUGCCCUGUACUAGAUAAGACAGCUGCUUUUCUGUUAACUUUGCUAAAAGACAGAGUUAAAGGAGUCAUCAGAACAGGCCUUGGUUAAAGUUCCAGUAGGUUUAUAAGAGCAUAGAAACAGCCAAGAUCCUAACUUUUUGGUUAAUCCUUAGUGUCUUAGACCCCAAUUCAGCAGUCUAUCCCUCUUUUAGCAAAGCAUCUCUGUACAUGCUGAACUUGAAGCAUGGGCCCAAGUCCUGUUGACUUUGCAUUGGAAUUUAUUUAUUCCUAACAGUGGGCAUGUACUUAAAUGCUUUGCUGACUUCAGCCUUAUUAAAAAGGCAAGAAUGAUGGAUAAUAGCAGAACACGAUGGUAAAUUUUAAAUCUUAGUUUGUAAAAUAUUUAAGUUAUUACUAUGGUAAUCAGGUAUUUAAACUGUAUUAUGCCAUACUUCUGUUGUGAAAAAAGCAUAAAAGGAGCAUUCCAUUUUGUUCACAACUUAAAGGUAAGAGCCUCAGAAUUGGCCUGGCACUGAUUAGUCCCCAAGAAUUUCAACACUUAAGCAUGCCUGCUUUUCUAAACUUGUGUACAGUUUUUCCUGUAAAUAAACAACUGGAGAAUG